UUACUUCCUCAAUGAUGUAAAAUGUUACAAUUGAACUCUUCAUUUCAGUUUGUAAUGGCUGAUGUUUACACAAACCCAGAGAAGCACGUACUUUUGCACAAUAAUGUGAAAAUGCCCUUGCUUGGUUUAGGAACAUCUCAUGAUGGUGGUUAUAAUCAUGAAGCGGUGGUUUAUGCUCUAAAAAGUUGCGAUUAUCGUCACAUUGACACUGCUAAGCGUUACGGCUGUGAGAAGUAUAUUGCACAAGCAAUAAAGGAUUCUGGGGUUCCAAGAGAAGAGGUGUUUCUGACAACAAAAUGCUGGCCAACAGAUUAUGGGACCAGUGCCACUCAAGAAGCAUUCAGUGGUUCAUGCCAAAGACUGGAAGUAAACUAUUUAGACCUCUAUCUUCUGCACUGGCCAGAUGUACCAUCAGGUGUCAGAGACAAAAAUUCACUUUUGCAGGAUACUUGGAGGACUCUGGAGCUGUUACUUGAUGAAGAAAGAGUGCGAUCAAUUGGGGUCAGCAAUUUCUUGGAGCCACAUCUUGAAGUGAUUCUGAGCGAGUGUUCUGUUGUUCCACAUGUAAAUCAGUGUGAAUUCCACCCUUAUAAUAAUCCAAAAAGGCUUCGAACAUAUUGCAAAGAAAGAAAUAUACAAUUUGAGGGAUAUUCUCCAUUAGCAAAAGGUAUGCUUUUGAAUGAGUCCGAGGUCCUGAAAAUGGCAAAGUGUUAUGAGCGAACACCAGCUCAAAUUCUCAUCUGCUGGGGUGUCCAGAAAAAGAUUCCUACAAUACCAAAGUCUACCAAAAGGCAGCGUAUUUUGGAAAACUCUCAGGGGUACUGUCCACUAGGGAAUGGGCAAAUUCUUACUGAGCCCAGUAUUCAAGACAUAGCCCAAAAGCACAACAGGUCUCCAGCUCAGAUUCUCAUUCGUUGGAAUCUUCAGAAUAAGGUGGUUUGCAUCCCUAAGUCCACCAAGAAGCACAGGGUUAAAGAAAACUCAGAGGUUUUUGAUUUUGAGCUAAUGGCUGAAGAUAUGGAUACUUUAAACAACAUGGCACAAAAAAUCCAAAUUAUGGACCCAAGUACUAUUCAAGCAAAGAUUGACAAUCCACUACCAGAUGGAUACAAGUUAAAGCUUGUACAAAUUCCUUUGGAACCUUGAUUAUUCCAUACCUUUCUUCAUAAAAAGUAAAAUCAUGAAUUGCAAUAAAUAUUGUACUGUAUUCUCAUUUAGUAAGGACUGUGAUUGUGUUUCAUGAAGUUCAAACUUUCAAGUCCAUUAUGUUACUUUCAUAAAAUGGAUGUGAAACUUAGUUUUAGGUUUUAGAAGUAAAUACAGUAAUGAAUUUUUUACAUGACCACAAUGCUGCUUCUUUUAUGCCAUUGCUGAGACUUCAAAGGUCAAGGGAUGUAGAUAACUGUAAGUGCUCUGUGCAAAGUUAUGCCUCAUGAAAAGGUUGAGAAAUCUUUUGUUGUGUAUUGCUUUAAUAGAUUUAUUCUUGUUUUA